AUGGCAGAGAUAGAUAAAGGACACCGACUCAGCUACGUCCGACUCGACGACAUACCAGAACCCUCACAGCAAGCGCGGCAACGACCCCUAUCAUCGGCCGAACAAGUCUUCCUGCAGUCUCAAACAAAGAGCUUCUGGGGAGCAAGCUGGACCCUAGAAAUUUUAGGGUGUCUCACCUCGAUUGCCUUUCUUGUUGCUAUCAUCGUGGUACUGUUCUACUAUGAUGGCAGACCAAUGCCCCAAUGGCCGUAUGGCAUUACUCUCAAUGCCCUUGUUUCUGUCCUCUGCACGGUCAUGAAAGCUACCAUGGCCUUCAUCCUAGCCGAGUCUCUCGCCCAACUGAAAUGGUCCUGGUUUCGCGACGGAAACAAGCUGAGUGAUCUUGCAGUCCUCGAUGCUGCAAGUCGCGGGUUCAUCGGUGCUUUCGUCGCUCUAUUCCAAUUCCUGCCUCGCCAUCUCAUUACAUUCGGGUGUCUCGUUCUGGUCAUAGCAGCCGCUACAGACCCGUUCGUCCAGCAAGUCAUCGGCAUCAACAUGCGUUCAGUGCACGCCCCAGGCCACUCGUCUAUUCAGGUUUGCAAUGCCAGCACGUAUACAGAUUACGGCGAGGGCGCGGGCCCCGGACAAAACCUAGUGCCGCUUAGAACCGCUGGUGCAAUCUAUUCUGGGAUUUACCAGAACCAAAGUCCCAACAGUAACGCUGUCUUAGCGAACUGCCCAACGGGGAACUGCACGUUUGCACCAUACCAGUCUCUUGGAUUCUGCAGUCGCUGCGCCAAUAUCACUGACUCCCUUCACCUAUCCAAGACAUCGCAUGGUCCAAUGCUGAGCGAGUACCACUACACGCUACCUAACGGGUUCUCCUUCACCACUGCCCAGAACAUGGUGUAUUUGAUGAACGCCACAACAGGCCUCGAUUUGAUCAAGCUAGCUGCAGCAGACCUACCGCUCAUCCUGAACUUCACCGCUAUCAGCUCAGCAGGCUACGGGACAACUGAGAUCAGCGCCACAGAAUGCGCGCUCUACUUCUGCCUCGAGACGUACCAGGGUACUGUGCGAGAAGGGGAGUUCUCAGAAACACGCACUUCAGUCUCAACCGCCUCUAACGCCUCCACGUCCUCGUUGGAGGAUUUUGCCAUUACCCCAGACGUCUGCUACGUCAACGGGACACGCCGCGAGAAACCAUACAUGAAAUUCGCGGAAGAUUGCAUAUACAAAAUCAGCUGGCUAAGCCGUCUGGCCAUGUCUAAUUCCCUUUCACCAUUACUCCAAGGCAAAGGGUCUCUCUUCGUGAGCAACAGACCGAGCUGGAAACCAGAGACCCUCAAGGCCGUCUACGGCACGCAAGGAAACUACACCGACAUCGCCUCAGUAUUCGAAUCGCUCGCUUCCUCGUUAACUCUACAAGCCCGAUCAAGGGCCUCCAGCACAGUCGUUACAGGGACUACCUGGGCAGUGCAGUCAUUCGUGCAUGUGCGCUGGCCCUGGAUGAUUAUGCCGGGGAUGUUGGUGGUGCUUAGCGGCUUCUUUCUGUUUAUUACGAUCCUGCAUACGCGCAAUCAGUAUAUCUGGAAGUCGUCGCCUCUGGCGCUGUUGUUCUCGGGAUUAACUGUUGAUGCGUCGUCACCGCUGAAAGCGGAUCCAACGCUGAAGGGAAUGGAGGAUACGUCGAGAAGGAUGGACGUUUGGUUGGAGACGUCGGCUGAAGGACCAAGGUUGAAGGCUGUGCCGAGGUAG